CGAAGUUCAAAGAUUUUCUCAUUGCUAUCAGAUAACAGACAAUCAUUUUCUCCGUGAUAUAUCCUCCCUGAUUCAAGAUGUCGUCAAUCAACAGAAAAUUAUUUAAUAUAGCAGAGAACGAGAAGAAAAUUGCUUUUUUGGCAGGAAAGUUGAUCAUUGAUGGUUUGGUCAUUGGCUUACCAACAGACACUGUCUAUGGUUUGGCAGCUGAUGCCACCAAUGACUGUGCAAUCGAAAAACUGUAUGAAAUAAAAAAAAGAGACUUGAAAAAACCCAUAGCAAUAUGUGUAGGCCAAGUAGAAGAAGUUAAUAGGUGGGGUGUCACAGUAAACAUACCUGAAAAUUUACUAGAAGCUCUUCUGCCUGGCCCAGUUACAAUUUUGUUGAAGCGAACAGAUACUCUGGAGAAAAGUUUAAAUCCAGGUGUUGAAAAAAUUGGAAUAAGAAUACCUGACAACAAAUUCAUCAGAGACAUUGCGAAUCUCACAAGGCGACCUCUAGCUCUCACAAGUGCAAAUUUGAGUGAUAGACCGAGCACUUUAGACCCUGAAGAAUUCAGAGAUCUGUGGGAUCAACUUGCAGCAGUUUUUGACGGUGGGAAAAUAGGCAAGUCCUCUGCAUCUAGAGCUGGCUCAACAGUCAUUGAUUUAAGUGAGUUAGGAAAGUAUAAAAUUGUAAGAGAAGGAUGUGCAUACAAAGAAACUUUGGACAUACUUCAUAAAUUUGAGUUAAAAAAUAAAGAUGAAGUUGAAUCGUAGGAGUACUUUUACCUAUCUCCUGAAUGUUAAUGGAGGUAAACUUUUUGUUUGGCCACUCCAGUGGAAGGUAAUCAAUUUUUAUGUUUACUUACAGUACAGGUGAUACUCUAAGAUAAGUGCAUUCAAGAGAACGAAAAAUGUCAUAGAUUUUAUUUUUUCCAGUUUUUAAAAUUGUGAUGAGUUUUUUUUCCCAAGCUCACUGUUUGUGAACCUAAUUUUCUCUUUUUUUUUAAGAUUAUGUUUUUAUUAUUGAGUAAGUGAAUGAGCCGCUGAAUAUCAACUUAAAUAAUGGCCUCUCUCAAUUUUUGAUAUCAUUGUUAUAAAGCAUUGAAAGUAUAGUACAUAUUGUCCUCCAGGAACUUUAUUUUGAUGUAUUUAUAAUUUUCAAGCCGCUAGAAAUACAGCAUUAGCGCAUCAUUUGAACUGUCUACGGUUACCUCUUUUUUUAUGAUCGUUUAAAAUAAAGUUUGU